CUCUUCCUUCCUUCCCCUUCACACUUAAAACCCCCGAUUUUUGGAAAAGGGCACUGAAUUCGAGUGGGGAGAGAAGCGGAUAGCUCGAGGAGGCCUUGUAGAGAAGCAUCAAUGGUGACGGUGACGGACGAUAGCGACUCUUCUGCUAGAAUCGGAGUAGAUGAUGAUGAUGAUGAUGAUGGUGUUAGUCUCGUAGAGGGUUUAGAGGACAAGUUAAAUUAUCUGAAAAGGAAGAUUCAAGGAGAAAGAGUUAGGUCUAUUCAAGAAAGAUUUGAGGUUAACAGAAGAAAUAAAGUGGAUGUUCAUCUUGUUACCACCCCCUUUUCCUCGUCUAACGGAGGGGUUGAUAGCAAUGUGUUUUGCUCGUGGAUGGAGAAAUCACUCUGUAGUUUAGACGGUGUUCCUAAUGGGGUGGGUGAUAGAGACUAUAUCCAUACUAAAGAUGUUGUUGUUCUCUCUGGGACUGUCAGGCUUCCUUUUGCUGACAGGAUCCCUCCUUACACUACCUGGAUAUUCUUGGACAGAAAUCAGAGAAUGGUUGAAGAUCAGUCUGUGGUUGGUCGGAGACAAAUCUACUACGAUCAACAUGGUGGGGAGACGCUGAUUUGUAGUGAUAGCGAAGAAGAACCCGAACCUGAGGAAGAAAAACGUGAAUAUUCUGAGGGUGAAGACCGCGUUAUAUGGUUGAUUGGGCAGGAGUAUGGCAUGGGUGAAGAAGUGCAGGAUGCUCUCAGUCAGUUCCUCAGCUUAGAUGCUUCAGAUAUUCUGGAAAGGUACAAUGAGCUCAACUUGAAGAAUGAACAGAAUGCUGAGGCCUUCUCUGAUUCUGGGUUCAAGCUGGGGAUAUCACUGGAAAAGGGUCUUAGUGCUGCUCUAGAUUCUUUUGAUAAUCUUUUUUGCCGCCGUUGCUUGGUGUUCGACUGUCGUCUGCAUGGAUGUUCUCAGCCUUUGAUUAGUGCUAGUGAAAAACAGCCUUAUUGGUCUGAUUAUGAAGGUGAUAGGAACCCCUGCAGCAAACAUUGUUACCUCCAGGCGGUCAGAGAAGUGCCAGGAGGAAGCAGUAGCUUUGCAUCUAAAACUGAAGCAAAAGCGUCAGAAGAAGGAUGUAGCAAGGGUUUCUCCUGUGAUUACCCUAAUGAUACUGGUGGUGGUGUGAAUCUACCAGUUGAAAAGACUAAUAUUGGUUCCAAGAACUUAGAUUCAUCCUCUGGUAUAGAACAAGACAACGAAAGUAGGGGAAAGCGUGAGGCCCCAAGACUAGAAGACUCCGGUGAUCUAUCUGAUAUAUCAAACAAGAAACAGAAAACUGCAGUCUCAGAUACAAAAAUACCAUUUGUCAAUCCUAUAUCUAGACCAGAGGGUGAUCAAAGUGGAACAUCGUAUACUAAUGAAGUAAAUAGAGACUCAAGAGCUAGCUCAAAAGAAGUAGCUGAGCCUAUUUCAGAUAAGUCAGUUUUUCAGCCAGAGCAUGGCAGUGGAACCGAGACAAUGAUUAUUGGAGAAAUAUCUGAGACAAGUCAACCAUCUACAGAGUGGAAGCCUAUUGAGAAGGAUCUUUACUUGAAGGGAGUCGAAAUGUUUGGGAGAAACAGCUGUCUUAUUGCAAGAAACCUGCUUUCUGGCUUGAAGACAUGCCUAGAUGUCUCCAGUUACAUGCGUGAAAACGAAGUUUCAGUCAUUCGGAGGUCUAGCACUCCAAAUUUGCUGCUGGAUGAUGGCAGGACUGACGCAGGGAAUGAGGAUGAUGAGGUGCCUCCAAGGACAAGAUUGUUCCGUAGAAAAGGCAAAGCCCGGAAGCUGAAGUACUCUACAAAGUCUGCUGGUCAUCCAUCUGUCUGGAAAAGAAUAGCCGGAGGCAAAAACCAGUCAUGUAAGCAAUACACACCAUGUGGAUGCCAGUCAAUGUGCGGAAAGGAAUGCCCUUGUCUAACUAAUGAAACUUGCUGCGAGAAAUAUUGCGGGUGCUCAAAAAGUUGCAAAAACCGUUUCCGAGGAUGUCAUUGUGCAAAGAGUCAAUGCAGAAGCAGGCAGUGUCCGUGCUUUGCCGCUGGCAGAGAAUGCGAUCCAGAUGUUUGCAGGAAUUGCUGGGUUAGCUGUGGAGAUGGUUCUCUGGGGGAAGCACCAAGACGCGGAGAAGGCCAAUGCGGAAACAUGAGACUUCUCUUGAGGCAACAACAGAGGAUCCUCUUGGGUAAGUCUGAUGUUGCUGGAUGGGGUGCGUUUCUAAAGAACUCGGUGAGCAAAAAUGAGUAUCUCGGAGAGUACACUGGCGAAUUGAUCUCACACCGUGAGGCGGAUAAGCGUGGGAAAAUAUAUGACCGUGCAAAUUCUUCUUUCCUCUUUGACUUGAAUGAUCAGUUCGUCCUCGAUGCUCAACGUAAAGGAGACAAGCUGAAAUUUGCCAAUCACUCAGCUAAACCCAAUUGCUACGCUAAGGUGAUGUUUGUGGCAGGAGACCACAGGGUAGGAAUAUUUGCAAACGAGCGUAUAGAAGCGAGUGAGGAGCUUUUCUAUGACUACAGAUAUGGACCAGACCAAGCACCAGCUUGGGCUCGCAAACCUGAAGGUUCUUCUAAGAAAGAUGAUUCAUCCAUUACUCAUCGUCGAGCCAGAAAGCACCAAUCUCAUUGAUUUUAAAGGCUAAAUGUUAAAAGAUCAUAUGUAAGAUAUAAUAUUGAAGUUAACCUUUUAUUUUCAAGUUGGAACUUUCAUCUAUUGUAUAGGAGACUUGCAGUUUAUGAAUUAUUGGGGUCGGUAAGGAUAAUUAACAGCGUCAAAUAGUGUUGUUUUUAGUUA